AUGCAGCCACUCCUGCUCCCACUCCUGCUGGCCUUCUUCCUGAUCCCCAGGGCAGAGACAGCCCCUCUGUGCUCCCUGUGCAGCUCCAUGAAUGUCACCCUGGGAGCCCACAACAUCGAGAGGCCAGAGGAGACCCAGCAGGUCAUCCAUGUGAGAAGAGCCAUUCCCCACCCAGACUAUAUUCCCCACCCAUUCUACACCAAUGACAUCAUGCUGCUGCAGCUGGACAGAAAGGCCAAGAGGACUACAGCUGUGCGGCCCAUCGGGCUGCCCAGGAUCUCAGGCGGGGUGAUGCCAGGGAUGGUGUGCAGUGUGGCCGGCUGGGGCUGGACUACUCCAGUGGGCCACUACCCAGAUACACUGCAGGAGGUGAUGCUGACAGUGCAAAAUGACUGGAAGUGUGAAUCCCGCUACCCUCAGGCUUACAUCAAGGCCACCCAGAUAUGUGUGGGGGACCCAAACCUACAACAGGCAUCCUUUUACGUAAGACUAUGCAGCUGCUACUUUGCUCUGGGGGAAGGGAAGUUUGGGAAAGAUCAGGAAUCUGGAGACCCAAGCGGUAGGGAACUCCUUCACCCACUAGGCUGUGAUCUUUCUCUUGGAAGAGAAGAGGGGAGCACCCCAAGCUAA